CGUCGCACGCACCACACCGCACCACCACUAUCCACCCCGCCGUUCACACAUCGCCCGCCCGCAACAAUGGCAGAACGCGACAUCAUCCCGCCCAAGCACAUCGAGACCGAGUUCCCGGUCAUCGAUACGGACCCCCACUUCACGCGUGUACUCCGGUACAUGCGUCCGGCCGACUACGGCGUAGCCGCUGUGACCGCGGCCGCCGGCCCCGCCGGCUUCAUGCUGAUGGAGCGCAUGUCGCCGUCGCAGGCGUCGCAGGCCGCCUUGCGCUCCAGCAUGCGGCUCAUGGGCGCCAUCGGACUCACCGCUGGUUUCCUGCGGGCCUACAACAAGUCAUCUCUCCGCUUCUGGGGCUGGGAAGAGAACGCGCGCGAGGUCGAGAUGGACAUGCGCGAGAUGGUCGACAAGGUCAAGAAUAAGGAGCCGCUCUAUGGCGUCUCAAGCCUCAGCCCGUAUAUGCAGGGUGUGGCUGCCAGAAACUCGAGAUACUCCCAGAUCUUCUUCCAUGUUAUCCCCUGGUUCAACUUUGUCAAUCAUAACCAGCACGGUGUCGACACGCUCAAGUACUUCCGCGCGGCUGAGGAGGAGCUGGAGGCCGAGGCGAGGACACGGGAGGGGAGGUUGUAGGUGUUUCGUCGAUGCGCAGCUCACUCUACUAGUAUAGUACCGGACGAGACGGAAAUGGAGAGGAAAAGGAUGGAUAUUGCAUUGUUUUUCGUAGACGACAGCUUCAUGGCCGAUUGCGAAAUAAGUAUCCCCGGGAAAGAGGUGAUACGGUGCUCGGGCUUCGGUAGUCAUCGUGUUGAUAUAUCUGUCGUCACUCGUUCCGUGGUGUAUUCUGUAGUGUCAGACUGAAGUUUUGGAAUUUUACAUUGCAAAUGUAAGCACAUCUGAGAGAAAGGCGUAUUCUGGUACCCAUACACGACGGCAGGCUGAACGAAACUUGGGGUACCUAAUUGCCAAACUACUC